AUGAAGUGGUCAGGUCCGCAAAGUGAAAUAGCGAAAUCCGUAAGCAGUUACACGGAAAGCGACAGAAUUUCCAAUCGAUCACGGAUUCAUAGGAAUCAGAAUGGAAUCACCAUAUGGUUGCGGAUUUUACUAGACGAGCUGGUUCACCGAAUUGACUGGGGAUUUAUUAUGGAUAUUAAGUUGCUGAACUAUCUCCCUAUUGUACUGAGAACAAAGAAGAGGAGAACUUUGUGUUGCAGAAGAGGUUUUCGUUUGUUAGUGGUGGUAUGUUGA